ACGUGGCAUCCGAUGUGGCACUCUCUAAACUCCCGUAAUUGAUUCUCACUCAUUUUUUCUUUCCUCACUGAGUCAACUCGUUCUCUUUCGUUUUCCGUUUCUCGAUUCGGUCUCGUUCUCUGUUGUCUGUGAAGACGGAGAAACGCUCUGAAUUUGUUUCUGGUGUUGAUAUAUUUGUGCGUGUGUUAUCGGCUUGGUUUUGGAGUAAUCUCUGCCAUGAAUGGGAAUAUUGGAAAAGUUCCGAUUGGGGAACGUAAAGCGAGUGUUGUUUACAUGUCCGGUUACCUACCAGGAGCUGCGCCGGAGAAAUCACCGAUUCUCUCUCCUGUUCCCGUGCGGUUACCGGAGGCUUUUCACGGCGGAGAUUCUUGGAAAGAUGUAUGUGGCGGCGGUUGUGGAUUCGCUAUGGCUAUUUCAGAUAAUGGGAAGCUUAUAACUUGGGGGUCUUCUGAUGAUGAAGGACAGUGCUACGUGGCUUCUGGAAAGCAUGGGGAAACUCCAGAGCCGUUUCCUCUCCCCACGGAGGCUCCAGUCAUACAGGCUUCUGCAGGAUGGGCACAUUGUGCAGUUGUCACAGAGAGUGGUGAAGCAUUUACUUGGGGUUGGAAGGAGUGCAUUCCAUCUAGGGAUAUUGGUGGAAAGCAGCAGAGUGGAUCGAGUGAGCAAGCGAGUCCACUGUUCCAAGGUUCAAAUUCAUCCAGCGGUACGACAUUACAGAAUGAGAACAGAAAGGUUGGAGAGGAACCGGUGAAGCGGAGACGGGUUUCAACAGCCAAAGAUGAAACGGAAGGCAUUACAUCUGGAGAGGACUUCUUUGCUACAACACCUUCACUUGUGAGUGUUGGCCUUGGAGUGAGGAUCACAAGUGUUGCUACUGGUGGUCGGCAUACUCUGGCAUUGUCAGAUAUAGGACAGGUUUGGGGUUGGGGAUAUGGAGGCGAAGGGCAAUUAGGAUUGGGUUCCCGGAUCAAAAUGGUGUCUUCUCCUCAUCUAAUACCUUUCCUUGAAUCACCUGGAUCUGGAAUAGAACGAUCUUUCAUAUUACAUCAAGGGACAGCAACCACGUCUACUCAAGUAUCAAGAGUUCCUGGUCAGUAUAUAAAGGCGAUUUCUUGUGGAGGGCGUCAUAGUGCGGCAAUUACAGUUGCAGAUGCUGGAGGGUUAAUAACUUUUGGCUGGGGACUAUAUGGACAGUGUGGCCAUGGAAACACAAAUGACCAGUUAAAGCCCAUGGCUGUGUCAGCAGUGCAGAAUAUUCGGAUGGAGAGCGUAGCAGCUGGAUUGUGGCAUACUAUUUGCAUCUCUAGUGAUGGUAAAGUGUUUGCCUUCGGUGGAAACCAAUUUGGGCAACUGGGAACAGGCACUGAUCAUGCUGAGACGAUACCGAGGUUGCUGGAUGGCCAGAACUUGGAGAACAGACAUGCGAGAGUAGUUAGUUGCGGAGCGCGGCAUAGUGCGGUUUUGGCAGAAGAUGGCCAGUUGCUAUGCUGGGGAUGGAACAAAUACGGACAGCUUGGUCUAGGGGACACGAUUGACCGGGACAUUCCUACACAAGUCCAGCUCGAUGGCUGCAGACUGAGAAAAGUGGCGUGUGGAUGGUGGCAUACGUUACUACUAGCUGACUCACCCACUUGAGAACCUCAAUACGCACAUUUUCGGGGUUUCGACUUGUGAAGGAGAUGCUUAUAGGUUUGACAAAAGCUGUACAUACAGGCUUUUUGCUGUAUGUAUUUCUUCUUCAAUCUUUCCCUGUCUUCAUUGUUUUCUUUUUUUUUUUUUUGGGACAAAGCUUUGACUUUGCAUUUUGUCACAUGGGGAAAUUGGGGAACAUAAGAAUAAAACUGGUUGGUAUGAAAUAAUCACAAAUGAAUCAGUUGGAUUUUUUUUUCAAGGAUCAGGUCAUGUUACAGCGUUCGCCAGUUCUAUUCACUUGUAUAAUCAGGAAAAGUUAAAAUCGUUU